CUUUGGCGCGGCUGAUGCGACCAUUUUACUUUCGUUGUUACGACGUAUAUAACGAGCAGUAUUGAGCGUAGUUGCCGGACACGUUCUUUCAUCAAAUACUUUUCACGUAUAAUAUUAAUAUAAUAUUUCGUAAAACAAGAAAGGUGUUUCAACAAAGCUUUCAAAAUGUUUGGUUAUGGAAAAGGAGAAGCCUGCGUCAGAGCAGCAGCAGCCUCGUAAAUCUCAUCGUGAAUGGAGAAGACUCGUUAAAAAAUUACGGCGCCAACGUUUGCGACGAAAAGCAGCAAAGCUCCGCGACCAAGAGUCAGAACAAUUAGACCUCGUUCUUCAGCGAGAUCCCAAAUACAUUGAGUGGAAGAAACAACAGGCUGAACAACAAUUGAAGCUUGAAGAGGAACAACGUGCCGAACACGAAAGACUUGAAAAAGUUUGGUUAGAAACCGAGAAAAAAGCGCAAGAAGAUUGGGAGAUAAUUCAAGCUCGUAAAGUCAAGGCCCGAGAAGAGCAGAGAGCUCAACAAGAAUUAUUGCUCAAAGAAUACGAAGAAAUGCAGGACACUCAUAGAAAAAAGAAAGACGCGGAGCGUCGGCGACGAGAUGAGCAGAAAAAGUCCUAUGACCGUAUGAAAAAAGAUUUUGAUGCAUACAUAGAUGAUGGAUCAAGGACUCCUAGCAAAUUGCGCACCAUUACUGAGACUCAACCAGGCAAGGAAAUCUGCCCAUUUUUCAACAAAACUGGAGCAUGCAGAUAUGGUGACAUUUGCUCUAGGAACCAUCAAAGACCAGGUUUGAGCACUGUUAUUUUGGUGCCAAACUUUUACACCCACUACUCGUUAGAAAGGCACGAGUAUGAUCCUGAUUCAAGAUUGGAAUAUGAUCACAGAGAAUCUCGCGGACAUUUUAGAGAUUUUUAUUUCGACGUCGUACCAGAGCUUGAAAAAUUUGGCAAAAUCAAGACCUUACAGUACUGCAAGAAUACUGAGCAUCAUCUAAGAGGAAACUUAUAUGUUGAAUACAUGAGUGAGCGUGAAGCUGCAAGAGCUUUACGUGGAUUGAAAGGUCGUUGGUAUGCUGGACGCCAACUGCAUUGUGAAUUUGUCAACUUGAAAUCAUGGAGAGGAGCCAUUUGUGGAAUGAUGCACUGUCCUAAAGGUAGUGCCUGCAAUUUUUUGCAUACAUUCAGAAAUCCCACGGAAGAUUAUGGUGUCAAGAGCCCACCUUUAUGGCAAAAACGACAAGAAAUGUUUGCUGAUGGAGCAAGAGGAGGUGGCAGCAGCUCUCGUAGAGGUGGUUUCAACUCAAGCAGGAGAGGUUGGGAAGAUCAUGAUAAUGGUCAAAACAGAAGAGAUUGGAGAUGGUCUGAAUCUCCUGAACGCGAUGGACGAGGAAGAAUGAAUCAAAGAAUGAAUCAUAGGAAUUUCAACAAUCGAGGUGGUGGUCGUGGCUUUGACAAUCGUGGAGGCAACAACUUUGAUCGAAGAGAUAACAGAGGUUUUUACGCUAGCAAUAGAAGACCUAGACAGUUUGAUAACAGAGGAGGUGGCAGAUAUGAAGAUGAUGGAUAUAGAAAUAAUUUCAACAACAAAUCCAGAAGGAGGCGAAGCAGGUCCAGGUCUCGAUCUCGCUCUCAUAGUCGUUCUGUGUCCAGAUCACGAUCCCGUUCUCCACGAUCCCGUACUCCACGCUCCAGAUCUCGUUCGGCGUCUCGUUCCAGAACCCCUGUUUCUCGAUCUCCUUCGAGAUCCCGAUCCAGGUCUAGAUCUCGCUCUCGCAGCCCAUUGAACCCAGACGCCAUGAUCGAAGUUGAUGUUUAUAAUGCGAGUAAAUCAAGAGAUGCUGGCUCUGAUAGAGAAAGCCGAUCGCCAUCCAGAGAACGUAAAUCAAGGCGUCCACCCUCACCUAGACCUUCAUCUAGAAAUUCCAAGAAUUCAAGGAAACCGCCUCAACCUCCACAACCUCCAACUAAAUGGGAUACAGGUAAACGCGAUCCUUCAGAGACAAGAAGCCAUUCACGCUCUAGGUCAGUUUCUCCUCCUCCUCAUUUUAAAGAAAAGAUGGAUAUGGACAAAAGUUCGCAUCAUGAGCAAAUGCCACGAGAACAAGGUCGACGUAGUGGUAGCGGCGGUGCCCACCAUAGUUCAAAAGGUGGUGGCCACUCUUCUAAAAGUUCAAAGCAGGAAUAUGAGUGGGAUACAACAGAUUCGGAUCGCGAUUAAUUUUAUGUACAAUUAUUAUGUAACUAUUUAGUCUUAGUCAUAAAUAUUACAAAGUUUUCUUUUUAAAAAGAAAUAUUUAAGUAUACAGAAUGCUCUAUUACAUUUUCAUGAUGAAUUUAAUGUAAGUGAACGUUAAUUAAGGAGGCUCUUUAUAAAGAAAAAAAAGCAUUGGUAAUAAAAUUUAUAGAAAAAGAUUUGUAAAAACUUUAAACUUGACGAAAGAAAAAAAAUCGUAAGCCAGGGACGAAAUUAUCUCGUCUUCAUUGUAUAAUUCCAAUAAUUCACAGCUUGAAUUAUUGAUUUUUCAAUGGCCAUGCGCUGCUGGCGUAAGCGUAUCUGAUCCCGCGCUCACUGUAGAACAACUUCCAGAAGAGCCUCCUUAAAUAAUCUUAUCUAGGAUCUUCGUGUCUUUGGUUUUAAUUACUAGCGUAUUAUCUUCUAAUUUGUACUAAAGCUAUGCGCGUUCUUCGCCUGAAUUGAUAAGCUAUCAAACUCAGAUAGCCGUGCGUAUUUAAACAAAAGUGGACAGCGUUAUUCAUUAGACGCAUUGAAAGUUUGUAACUAUUCAUAUAAGUAAAUGUACAACAACGGAUGCAUUCGUAUUGAUAAUCGAAG